AGUUAAAGUUUAGAGAAAAGUUCUUGCGUAAAGUCGCGAAGCCUAUGGCCCUCUGAUGGACGAAUGAGAAAUAUCCCUACAAAUUUAAAUAUCCAAUAAGUUUUAAUGCGGAAACAUUUGAAUUUUAAAUAAAUGAAAUAUGAACCCACUUAUAAGUCGCGCAAUUUCCGUCAAUGAACGACUGUCACUUGGUUAUAUCAUACGACAAUUUCGAGUAUCAUCCCAAAACAUGGUUAUCGCCGCAGGACAAAAACUACCCACAAUUGAUCUUUUUGAAGACUCUCCUGCAAAUAAAGUGAAUCUUGCUAAAAUUGCAAAUGGGAAAAAGAUUAUAAUUUUUGGAGUGCCAGGAGCUUUCACACCAGGAUGUUCCAAGACACAUCUUCCUGGUUAUAUACAGAAAGCUAAUGAAUUAAAAUCUAAAGGAGUUGCAGAAAUUUUUUGUAUUUCUGUAAAUGAUCCGUUUGUAAUGGCAGCAUGGGGUAAAGAACAUGGAGCAGAAGGAAAAGUACGUAUGCUGGCAGAUCCAGCAGCUCAAUUUACAGAUGCGAUGGAACUGGCAGUAGAUUUACCAGUACUGGGUGGAAGAAGAAGUAAACGAUAUUCUAUGCUCCUUGAAGAUGGAGUAGUUAAGGAGUUGAACGUUGAGCCUGAUAAUACAGGUCUUUCUUGUUCCUUGGCUGAAAAUAUUAAACUUUAGAAAAUAUAACAUAGCAGUUUAUUAUGUAGUAAGUUAUAAACAGAUGCUUUGAUCAAUUUAUAAAUUCUGCCAUAUAUAAUACGUAUAUAAUAAAAUGAUUAUUCAUUACCCAGAAUUAUAAUGUGUCAAAUAAAUUAUUCCAUGUGCCUUAA